UUCAGUUAGCAAUAGAGCGGCGGGGGCAGAGGAGCCAUGUUCACCAUAUCCACGCUAUCUGUUACGCCUUCUACUCCUCGCUUCCUUUCCCUCCCUCCCAGAUGCCACAAGGUCACGCCUUUCCUCUCCGAGAGAGGUCCCAUCUCCGUCCCUCCGCCAUCUCCUCUCCCCAUCGGCGACUCCCGCGUGGAGGCCGCCGCAGCCUCCGCCCCCUCCCUCUCUUCUUCCUGUUCGUAUGCGGAAUCGGUUCCUUCGACUAGUAGGAGGCUGGUUGGAGCAGGAAUGUGUCUCUUGCUGAUGUCUUCUUUCGCCGACGAUGCUAACGCGACCAGGAUACAGUACUUCGCCACCGUGGGCGAGCCCCUUUGCGACAUGAACUUCGCGAGGUCGGGGCUUGGCUACUGCGAUGUCGCCGUUGGUACUGGCGCUGUGGCCCCUCGGAGCGAACUCAUCAAUGUUCACUACACUGCACGGUUUGCAGAUGGCACAGUGUUCGAUAGCAGUUAUAAGCGCGGAAGACCUCUGACAAUGCGUAUUGGAGCAGGUAAGGUCCUUCCAGGGCUCGAUCAGGGAAUCCUAGGUGGUGGUGGAGUACCUCCAAUGCAUGUUGGGGGAAAGCGUAAACUUCUCAUACCUCCAUUGUUAGCAUAUGGGCCAGAACCAGCAGGAUGUUUUCAAGGACUUUGGAGAUGUAUCUUUCAUAUUUCAUAGUACUACUGAAGAUUCACGGUGGAUGUGUUACGGUGUUUUUCAGUAACUUCUAUCCUUCAAUCUGAUACUAAGCAGGAAUACGGCGAAAAAGCAAUGUUCUUUCACGUAUGGUAUCGCAAUACCUCAGGAGCCAGCUAACCUGUUCUUGGUGCAGACGAUCUUCCACCCGAAUGAAGAAAAUUUAUCAGCAUGGAGUUCAGCCUUUUUGUACAAAAGAAUGGUUUAAGCAUCAGAUAAACUGAGUCAUUUCCAGCAAUCCCUUGUUUAUGUAUAUAAGACAACAUAUUCGACUUUUGUAAAAGUUGCAUUUUUAUAAGUUAUCAGGAUUCCAUGGAGACAAAACGAA